CCCUUGGUUGUCUCUUCCUAUUUGGCUAAAGGAGGAGUGCAGAGCAGUGGGAAGGAGGCAUAGGGUUGGGGAUAGACAGAAGGGGGGAUCAAGAAAGGGAUCUGUCAAUGAUCCCCUGUUGGGAUCAACCUGGGAGGAAGGAUCUUUGGGGCCGGGGUUAACCUUGGGGUCACAAGGGGUCCUUGGAAGAAGAGAAAGUGACCUGUAUUGAAAGAUAAUCCUCUAUUUCGGUAUUAGAUCAGACCCACUUUGGCCCCUUCUUCCUCACUAUGAUGAAGUUACUGCUUCUCUGGCUCUGUCUUUUCCAGGCGGACUUUCUGAUGUACCCGGCAGUCAUAUCUCCCCAAGACCCAAGCCUCCUUAUUGGCUCUACGCUCACGGUCAACUGUUCAGUCAGCGCUGACUCGAACCUGAAGGCUGAGGACCUUUACUGGACCCUGAACGGCCGGCGGCUCCUGGUGGAGACGUACAGAGUCCUUGGGCCCGGCACCCUUAGCGUGACCCUCUCCAAUCUGAAUGGAUCCCAACAGCAGUCAGGGGACAACCUGGUCUGCCAUAGCAAGGAAGGUGGAAGCAUCUUGGCUGGGACCUGCCUCUACGUAGGAUUGCCUCCAGCAAAACCAACCAAUAUUUCAUGCUGGUCUAAGAAUCUGAAGGAUCUCACCUGUCGAUGGGCGCCUGGAACAGAAGGCGAGACUUACCUGCAUACCAAUUACACCCUAAAGUACAAACUGAGGUGGUACGGCCGGGAUAAUACUUGCCAAAACUAUCACACUGCUGGACCUUAUUCUUGCCAUAUUCCUAAAGACCUUGCCCUUUUCACGCCAUAUGAGAUCUGGGUGGAGGCUUCCAAUCGCCUUGGGGUGGCCAUCUCCGAAGUGGUCAUGCUGGAUAUCGUCGAUGUGGUCACAACCGACCCUCCGUCCGAUGUCCAUGUGAGCCGCGUUGGAGACCUGGAGGACCAGCUGAGCGUCCGGUGGAGUGCCCCUCCAGCCCUCAAAGACUUCCUAUUCCAAGCCAAAUAUCAGAUCCAGUACCGAGUUGAGGACAGUACAGAAUGGAAGGUUGUAGACAAUGUGAGCAACCAAACCUCAUGCCGGCUGGCUGGCCUGAGGCCUGGAACUGUGUACUUUGUCCAAGUCCGUUGCAAUCCAUUUGGCAUCUAUGGUUCCAAAAAAGCUGGCAUCUGGAGCAGUUGGAGCAACCCGACAGCAGCUUCCACACCUCGGAGUGGACGGACACAGGGUGUCUGUGAGCCCAAAAGCGGGGAACACAACAAUACUCUCCGCCGGGAACUCAAGCAGUUCUUUGGGUGGAUGCGCAAACAUGGGAGCUCUUAUCAUUGUGCCAACCUGAGCAUCAAAAUGUAUGACCAGUGGCGGGUUUCACUGCAGAAAUCUCACAAAACACGGAAUCAGGUAGGUCCUAUCCGGUGAUAAAUCUUAGCAAGUUUUGAAGGUGGAAUGAAGAGUUUCCCAAAAGCCAAUGCAGUCGCUGUGGGCUGGUUUGGACAGGCUGAGGAAGCAAGUAAAUCAGCUGCAAAGAUGGUGAUGGACCUAUGAGAAUGUGAUGACCCUAGGAGCCUUGUGUGACACAGCCAUGGCCGUCAUAUCACUUCCAUUUCACUAUCUACAAAUUGACAUGGAGUCUGUCCACCACCAACAUUCCCACCUCUUCUGUUGUCAGAUAAAUCUUUGCUCUCAUUUCCUUCUGGAGUCCUAGGACAACAGCCAUAGACAGCUUACCAUCUUUUUGCUCAUAUAUACACAUACAUUUAAAAGUAUUGAUACAUGUGCAAGCCACAAGAUGUUUCAGCUUCUACCAAGUGUAUAUAGACCCCCUGCUCACAUUUUCCAUCAAAGGUUGGAGACCAUGUCCCAUUGCAAAGCGGAAACAGAUGUGAGAACUGUGGUUAUCAAUGUGCACCCCACAAUUUGGGGAGGGGAGAAGGAAAGGGCCAAAUGGGUCCUGAAGCUUUACAAUAAUCUUGUAUGUGCACAUGUUCUUUUAAAAAUAAAAUUACAAUUCCUGUUA